CUUCUUGUUGUCGGAUGUGAACCGAGUGGUGGUUUAAAGGGGGGGCGGCGGCGGCGGCGCUCACAGACAAGAGAAAGGCGUCGGUAAUCAGCGGAGAUCGGCUGUUGUGUGACAGACGCAGAGACAGGUGCUCAGGAUCAUCCACUAUGUCGGACUUUGACAGCAACCCCUUCGCUGACCCCGAGUUCAAUAAUCCCUUCAAGGAUCCAUCAGUUACACAGGUGACAAAAAAUAAUCCACCAGGACUGGAGGAAUAUAAUCCUUUCACAGAUUCACGAACGGCACCACCAAGGGAUGUUGAGAAACCUCCUGUGCCCAGUACGCAGCCAGCCAUUAUGAACCCCACAGAAGAGCCACCGGCAUAUUCGCCACGAGCACAGGCAAGUUCAAAUGAAGCUGCUGCAGCACAGGCUGAACUACUGAGACGUCAGGAAGAAUUGGAGCAAAAGGCAGCAGAGCUUGACCGGCGGGAACGUGAGAUGAAAAAUCUCAGCUAUGAUCCUCGGAAGAAUAACUGGCCUCCACUUCCUGAACGAUGUCCUGUAGGACCGUGUUUCUAUCAGGAUUUCUCUGUAGACAUCCCUGUGGAAUUUCAAAAAACAGUGAAGAUGCUGUACUACUUAUGGACGUUCCACGCAGUAACGCUCUUUCUAAAUAUGUUUGGUUGCCUAGCCUGGUUUUGUGUCGAUAGCUAUAGAGGGGUGGACUUUGGAUUGGCAAUUCUCUGGUUCUUGCUUUUUACCCCGUGUUCAUUUAUUUGUUGGUACAGACCACUCUACAAAGCUUUCAGGAGUGACAGUUCCUUCAGCUUCUUUCUCUUCUUCUUUACAUUUAUCUGUCAGUUUGCCGUGCACGUAUUGCAGUCGGUAGGAAUUCCACAGUGGGGAAACUGUGGAUGGAUUUCAGCACUUACAGCACUUAAUAAGAGCAUUCCUGUUGGAGUUCUGAUGAUGAUUGUUGCAGCAGCUUUUACUGGCUCAGCUGUUGUCUCACUAAUUAUGUUCAAAAAGGUUCAUGGCAUGUAUCGUACCACAGGAGCCAGCUUUGAAAAAGCCCAGCAAGAGUUUGCAACAGGAGUCAUGGCGAACAAAACUGUACAGACCGCUGCAGCAAACGCAGCCUCGACUGCAGCUCGUGGCGCAUUCAAAGGCAACCAAAUUUAAGACCCAGUAAAAUCAUUUCUCUCCCCCGCCAUCACCUUCAUCUAGUCCAUAGACGUUAUACCACUUCAGUCAUUACACACAUACCAGCUUCUAACAUGAUUUCACCAUAACCACAGCAUGAACCUUAAAACGAAAAAUCCAUGUAGCCCUUGAAUUAGGCUUUCGCAUGGGCUAAAAAAAACUAAUAAAUCGUACUUUUACAUUUGCUUGACAAAUGUCACAUUUUCUGUUUAAAUUGUUUUACUUUCCCUGGUUGGUAUGGAUUGUUCUUACUGGCUAUUAGUUUUUUUUUCUCUUGUAAAACUGUAAAUAGCAUGCUGUCACUGCUUUAAUAUUAUACUCCCAAAUUACUGGAGAUCCUUAUGUUUUCUGUGCUACACUGGACUGAUAACUGACAUGGUUCUUUUUGAUUUGCACGCGACUUUGUGACAAAUAUGAUCUUGGAGAAUUGUGAGGAAUGUGCUGCCAGAGUACAUGGGAUUUGAAACUCUUUUAUUUCUCUUUUCAAGUCCCUCCCCCGUGAAACAUCUGUAACUGCCUUAUAAAAAGCACUAUCAAAUGACAAUGUCAAAUUUCAUUUAUUUGUUAACGUUUCACUGAUCUAUUUUAUUGCACAACUAACUGAAAAUUGGUGGCAUCAUUCUUGUGAUUUUAUCACUAUGUUCAGUUGUUAGUUUACUAUUUUAUUUAAAUAAUUGUUGAAUUGUGGACUGUGGUACAGUGUCACUCAUCAUUGCAGAAUACAUGUAGAGAAAACACUAAAUGCUAACACUGGACAUCUAAAUCUAUUAGAUCAUGUGUGGUUCAGGGUGGUUUUGAUCUUAACUGAAAUCCCUUUUGAUUUUAACCUGCGAGCUGAUCAAUUGUGAAGCUUACAUGGAUAGAUCACAAUUGAAUUGACUACUUUGCUUAAAAAGAGAUAUUGCGUGAGUGAAGCAGCAAAUUAAACUCCUGUUAAAUUUGCCAGUUUGUGGGUUGAUGAAACCUUCUAAAGCUUACAAUCUAAUUAUUGCAGUUGAAUGAUGUUUCUGUGUAUGAGCCUUUUUUACAGGCCUGUCCCAGAAGCUCUGUUGCAUGUAGUUUUUGUUCAGCACCAUUGGUGAAAUUCUGCAAUCCAUUUUUUAAAAAGCAUUGACCAAACUGCACAAAAAUCAAUGCUAUUCCUUGAGAUGAACAUGGACCUCAAAGAGGAUCAUAAGGCUUAACUUUUUUUAUGAAGUUAAGAGCAUUCCUUACCAUUUGACAUGAGCUGGUAAGUUGAGUACAAAGCAUACACACUUCGUGAAAAAGGGAAGUAUACAGUUAAGUAAUUUAUGGAAUUCUUCCACAUUUAAGUCGAUGUAAAAGUGCUUUACAGAUACAGAUGUUUUCAAAAGCAGAUUCCAGAUUUUAACACCUAUGGUUUUGUUGUACAGUAUUUUGUGUGUGGAUUGUGAAUGCUUUAUUUUUGACUUCUGCAAUUCUGGUGAUUAUGUGGUGUGAAGGUGCGAUUGUUCAGUGUACAUCUUACAGAUUUCUACACUGUUGGAGUUGGCAGAAUGUACGCCUUCCAUUUUAGUUUGUUUUAGAAAAGCCUUUGAAGUGAGCAUUUGUGUGUCACUCAUUCCUUGUCCGUGUUAACUUCUUACCGUUGAGUAACAACUAACGGUACAUUGUGAUGGUCGGGUGAGCCACUCAAAAGUGUUUUUCGUUGCCCCCCUCACCCCCCAAAUUCUGUCAUGGGUUUAACAUUUAUGUCCUGAAAUACUGUAUUUCAAGAUAAAUGUAUAUACCGUACUGCUUUGUUCCCCGAGGGUGGUUGUGAUGUUUUUCCACAGAAAUUCUACCAAAUGUGAUUUACAUAAAUGUUGGAAAUUAAUAUUGCAUAAAAGAAUGUCCCAGUGUCAAGGCUCUGAGAUAAACAAAAAUCGAAUUUAAAAGUCAUUGCUGUUUUAAUUUUCAAUGCUUCAAAGUUUUGUGUGUUUAAAAAAAAUAAAGAUGUUGCCAUUCAUAUUCCAUCACUGAACUUAAAUUACCACUUGUAGAAAGAUUGAGGAAAGGUGGAGAUUAUUAGCUUCAACACUACACAACAUUAUGUGCAGCUGUCAGUAAAUGUGACACCAGCUAUUUUUCCAGGAUUCGGAGCUAUUAUUUUGCAAUGGAUAGGUUAAAUGCUAAAACUUCUGUAAUUUUAAAAUUCAUAUCCAAAACAUUGAACAAUUGUGCAUUGCCCAAUCUUUACUAAUGAAGGGCCAAUUCCUUGUUGGCAAGUUUUUUGAAUCAAUUUGGCAGCUCAAAUAUUUUCUCUUCCACAUGUAGAAAAAGAUGUUUUAAUUAUUUCAUUCAAAUGUUGGAGUUAUAAAAAAAUUAACUGCAAUAUUAGGUUAUAUAACGGUUCUGACCAAAUGCACUAGAGAUUUGGGGGCUAAAUGUUUACAAUUGGCUUUUUAAAGAUCAGAGACUUCUCUUGGGUGAAUUGCCUUUAGCUGGUAAGUAAUUGUCAAAUGUAGUUGGGCAUUAAAAAAUACUUUCAUUUUUGUUUAAAUAUAGCAUUUUAAAACAUCUUCACAAUAUAAAAGGCCCUGAAAUCAUCUUAUGAUUUUCUUUGUCAUUACUGUAUUCAGUACAUCACAUAAGAAAAUAGGUCAUUCUGUAAAUGGAGUACUUCACAGAAUAUACUUCGCAAGUGUUGUGGUGCAUCAUAACUGAAUUGUGAUCCGUGUUUUGUGCAUCAAUCAGUUGUGAUGAGCAGUUUUUAUAUUAACAGUAUUUUGAGAAAAUGCUGUUACCCCUCAUUAAUGUUGAUGGCAAAACCCCAUAGCAAAUAUUUGAACAAAAGUGAAGUAACAUUCUCUUCUGGGCUCUCGGCAGUGCUUGCACUCAGUGAGGAGCUCGGUUUGAUUUUCUUUCAGAAUAUUGAAGGCUGCUGUUUAAACAGUGGAUUACGUGUGUUAAAUAUGACGUAUUGAAAAUAUGACUUAUUGACUAGAUUGAAUUGUGUUACUUCUGGUGUUGAUAGUUAUAUUUAUAGAUUUUUGGAAAUUUGUAUUUGUUUUGAGUUGUGAAAAACUACAGGCGUGAUGAAGAAAACUCGUGUAUGUUUCUGUGAACAAUGGGGCAGUGUUUGUUUUUAUUGAUUUAAAAGUGUUGAAUAUAGUGUUAUUUUUAACCUGCAUGUGAAGAAUGAGAUGAAGUCCGAGCUAGUUUAAUGAAGUGGUUGAGUGUAAGAAGUAGAACUAUAAUAACCUUUCUACAUUUAAUAAUGUAGAAAGAAAAAAACUAAUCUUAAGUGGGAGCCGGUGCCUAAUUAUGAAUCUGUAAUGGACCCUCUUAAUAGCCUUCUGCUAAGCACUCAAACAAAUGGUGCGAGAGGUACAGAUAAUGCUGAGGAACAGUGGAGAAAUUGUUUGUUGAUCCAGGAAUUCCAUCUUGCUUACUGAAUUUGAAGAAAUGAGAGAAAACCCUUUUGCAGUGAAGCCUUUUUGCUUUCAAAAAUAUGUAGAUUUCUCCUAGUUGUAAAGUGUUGAACUAAGUUUACUGGGAAUGAUCCAAUGCUUUUCACUCCAUUGUGUAUAAUUAAACACAAGGCGUAGCAAAGCGAGUAAAAUUAGAGUGAGGAGGAAAUUGGAGGUAGAACUGCAACUGAAAUCAAAGCUGCGAAACAGUAUGAAAGAAAACCACGCACAAACAGUAUGCAAAAAAACUAAACAUUAAAUUGAAAUUCUGAACAUAAAGCAAGAAAACUGUAAUGCAACACUGAGACUGGGGUUCCUAUGUUCAAUCCGUGGUCUGUGCUGAGUGACCCGGUGAUUGUAAUGAUUUCCACUUCCACUAAUGGCCACAGUAUUGCUGAGCUCAGAUGGGGAUAAUCAACCAGGAUCCUGUUCGGAGCAUUUCUGUUAAUUUUGGAAUCGACCUCUGAGGUAAAUUCGUCCAUUGUCUCACAGUAUCCUGAUACCCAAUGCCCAGGCUCAAAUAUUCAUAUAGAACAGCUGCUUGUGAAAGGUACUACAAAUUGGUGCCUUGCACAAAAUAAAAUUGAGCAAAGUUGCAUUAUUUCAAGCUAAAGGAGUAAACUGUGACAAAAGUGCUCUUAUUUGAGUAUAAUGCAAUCAUGAUUCAGCUCUCCAUGGAAGUCAUUUAAUUCACAUAGGAUGACCAUCAUAGCGUAUAUCAUUUAUUACAGCAUCAGGUUAGGUGAAUAUCGAGAAACCGAAGAAAUCCUGCAUAUUAUUGUGUUAGGAAGGGUUGACUUAAUUCAGCAGUUAAACACCAAAACCUACCAAGAUUAGCAUGUUUUGUUCAUUUUUUUUGUUGUAAACUUGAUUAAUAUUAAAACUACAGUGUUGGUGAUAUUGUUAAUACUGAUUUUUUAUGUUGUUUGAUUAUGUGCACAGUUAGUUUGGUUUGUGUGGCAGUAACAUUUCAAUGGGAGCGUGCAAAAUAAAAAGCUUUUUAGAAAAUUCUUGAGCAAAAUGAAGUAAAAUCGUUUGAUCUUUUCAUCUGACCUGAAGAAGCUGUAUUUCACAAUUACAGUAUUUCUAUUCCAUAUACAUUUCAGAAAGGUACAUUUAUUACAUGGUCCCACAUCAGCAGAGUAGGUCUCCAUACUUGCUAGAAAAAACUGUGGAAGCAAACUACUACAAGAUUCUUUUGUGCUUCAUUUUCUAAGUAACUUUUAUAAUACAUCUUGUGCAGACUUAAUUUUGUGCUGUAGAAGUGUAAGGCAAGUUUUUUUUAAAAGAAGCUGGUUUCGUAAAUUCUUGACUGCAUGGGUAAUGCCUCUCAAGUUUUUUGACAUGUGAGGAGAUUAAGAUACUGUACUUUCAAAUGGAGAACUCCUGACAAACAAAAAUCUGAGAAACACAUCUGGUUUUCUCCCUGCCUAGACAGCUGUGUGUUAAAGUCUUCCAUCACUAUUAGCUUGCAUUUAGCAGUUACUCUGCUACUAACCCAAUGACUGAAUUGCAUAGAAAUAGGAUGCAGUGGAUACUGAUUCUCACCAUGUGACUUAAUACCUGAAUGUCACACCAGAUGGUUUGAAAUGGCUAGUAGCUGAGAAUUAUUUUUUAUAUUUAAAAAAAACAAGGCUAGAAAGCUACAGGUGCAAAUGCAGGUCAAGUUCUGUGGAAUCUGUUUGAAGAGUUGUGGAAAUCACAAAAAACAGUACAUUACCGAUGCUUGAAUCUAAAAAUGUGCAAGGAACUCUAUUUCAGAAAAGGAUCAUAUUAAGUGAUGCAAUAUCUGAUGGUUAAGGGAUUUUCAAAUGUGUUUCGCGUUCAUAUUCUAAUUGGACAGAAUUAACAAAGUUCAGUUUGUACAGAGCUGCCUCACACUUCAGAAUUCUGUUUUGUAUCUGAUUUCCAAAGAUUAUGGAAUAAUUAAAAAGUAAAAUCUGCUUUAAUAAGUGGUUGAUAAAGUUACUUUAUUUAAAAAGUAAAGUAUUGAAUAAAUGUAACCCGUGUUUACCCCUCUCACCAUGAAAGGCUGAUAUUGCCCUUAUAGUUUGUUCAUUUGAUGUGUUCUCGAACUGAAACAAAUUUGAUCUGAACAUUUACAAGGCAUUUAGUUACAACGUUACUUGAAGAUGUAGAUUUCCAAGGUCAUUUUGCAAUUGAGGGUUUGGAUCUAGUCAAAGUGAGAAAUAUUUAUUUGUAUAUUUUGUAAAUGACUUGACAUUCUGCUGUUGUUUUGAGUUUCAGUAUACUGUACAAAUGCACUUGCUUUAUGCCCUUCCAUUUAGCAUGUCUUGUAGUUCCUUAGUUUUGUAUAUAAUAUAUAUAUAUAUGUUCUUGUAGCAUUACAAGGUCUCAAUAAAAAAUGCAACCCACUGAAA